UUAUUUCCGAUGGUUAGUCAUUUAUUAUAUACAAUUACUAUGAUUUUUUUUUUUUUGAUUUUCUAAAUUUUUUACCAACAACAAUAAUAAAGUAUAUUUUAUACUUUUAAAUUUAUAAAAGUCUGCAUUGUUUUAUAUCAUUUCGUAUAUCAUUUUGUAUUACGUAUUAUUAUUUUCUAAAUAGGAUACCAUUUUUAAAUGUUAUUAAAUCAGUAGACAUUCAUUGGUCUGCUGUAACUAACUUUAUAUAUCUAAGGUCCCCGUUGCAUGUCCUAUUAUAAUUUCCACAAACUAAAUUCCCUAGAGAUUUAUUUAAGUCUGCUAUUUAAACAAAUAUUUAUAUGGAACGUCUGGUUGACACUAGUUCCUAUUGAAUACUUUAGCAACAUGGUUAAGCUCAACCUCCUGCGGGUUUAUUUUGAAGUGAGUCGCUUGAUAGGAUUAUGCAACCUGCACUACGAUUCCCGGACUCAGAGGUUUCGCCUUUACCAUGUGCCCACUUUGGUAUACUGUUCCAUUCUGGACAUAGCAUAUAUUUUGAUCCUGCCAUUUGCGCUGAUCCUGCUAACGGGCAAUCUUUACAAGUGUCCGCAAAUUGGUAUGUUCCGUGCGGUCUACAAUGUGGUUGGCUUGUCCAAAUUUCUGACCAUGCUGCUCCUUAUCUGCAAUGUUUGGAUACAGAGACGUCGAUUGCAUCAGAUAGGAAACGAUUUUAUGGAAAUGCUGCAUAAAUUUCGCUUUGCCUUACACAAGGAUUGCAGAAAAAAAUGUCUGUGGAAAGUUUUUCUGACAGGUUCUCGAUUUAUAAUUUUCACACAGCAACUUGUGUUCCGAGAUUCCUUGGUUCGUUGUGAGAAUGACUUUAAGCUCAGGAAAGCUAUGUUACCAUACAACGUGGCUGCCAUAUUUUACUCUUGGAUUAUGAUUCUAAUGGUGAGCUAUGUAGAUCUGACGAUCUAUAUAAUCCAGGUGGCCGGGAAUUGGUUUGUAGUUAACAUGUCCCAGAGUGUCCAAGAAAUGAUACAGGAUCUGGAAGCCUUGCCCAAAAGAAAUGGUAUUCCUCGAGAGAUGGGCUUACGGCAAAUUUCGUCUGCUUGGCGAAAGCUUUGGAGGCAAUGCCUCCAGUUGGAUAAGGUCCUCAAGCAGACUGUGAACAUCUUCGAAUGGCAGUUACUUCUUAAUUUGCUUACCACUUAUAUUUUCAAUAUAGCCACACUGUUUCGACUGUGGAUUUAUCUGGAAUUUGACAAAAACUUUCAAAUCGGGAAGGGAAUCUUUUUCGCUGUCCUAUUUCUCGUUUAUCACGUCGAGAUCUUGAUGCAAUUUUUCAUUUUUGAAAUCAAUCGGACUAAAUGGUUGGAGGUUCGCAACCUUGUGGUUAAACUUUCUUACGCCAAUAUUUCGGGAAACAAUCAUAAAUACAGUCAGGGAAUAAUACUCUCUAGACAGUUGGAGUUCUCGCUUUGGUAUCUCAAUCGGAGACUUCAGCCCAAUCCGCAGCGUGUAAGACGACUUCAUAUCCUUGGCCUUUUCGACUUGAACAACGCGACGGUGCAUAAGAUGACAAGAUCUGUGUUGACCAAUGUGUUGGUCCUCUGUCAGAUUGCCUACAAGAUAUACGGCUAA